GGCCGGCAUGCCCACGCCCCUCCAGCCCAUCCCUAAGAUCUCCACGCAACUGACGCCAUGGCCCUCAAGCUUGUCGCGAAGACCCCCUUCUCCCUGUUCCUAGAAUUGCUGCGCCGAGCACGCGGAGCCGAGAGCGGAGGCGGGGCGGUGGAGUGGAGCAAGUGGGCCGGUCCACCUGUCAUCCUACACUAGUCCCACCUGUUUUUCCGGGCGCCUUCAGUGCUUCCAAAAGUUCCAUUUCGGCUAACCGUCUCCGGACUUCUAAGCCUCUCGAUGACUUCACACCGAACAGCCCCACGCGUCGAAAUGUCCACAGAUCCAAUACCCGAUGAUGAAGAUUACGUAUCAGAAGAGGACUCCGAUUUCGCUCCCGACGAUGCGCCGGCAGAGGAAUCCUGUGUCUCUGACGACGACGAAGACGAGCCGGCCGACGCCGAGCAGCCAAUCCCGGCAAAGAGGAAACGAGAGGGAGGCGAUGACGCAGCGGAAGAUGCCGGGUUUGAGAACUCGGGAGACGAGGCAAUAAUCGAAAAGGGGAAGAAGCGACUGAAGAAAUCCAAGAAGCAAGAUGACGAGCAGGCGGAUGAGGACGAAGGUGGCGAAGGGGGGUUGAUCAAGACGCGCCGGAUGCGCGCGGCCGAGAAGGCCGAGAAACGGACAGCAGUCGCAAGUGGGCCGGUCACAAUCGACGUAGACGCGCUAUGGGCGCAGAUGAUCAGCGAGCCAGUCGUCGGCCGGAGGUCACUGGAAACAGCAGCUGCCGCGCAGCCAAGAGCGGACGGGAACAAACCACCUUCACAACCCCAGUCGACACCAAGCAAGCCUGACGAAUCCGACCUCAUCCGCAUCAAGCGAACCUACAACUUUGCCGGCAAAGUCCACACAGAAGAGAAGCUCGUCCCUCGAGACUCGGCCGAGGCAAAGCUCUACCUGGCUGAGAAAGGCGCGGAUGCAGCGUCCACAGAUGACGACCCGGCCGCAACGCAGAAACGCAUGCCCCGGAAAGCCUUCCGCUCCGUUUUUGAGCCCGUCGCAGCCGAGAACCUCUCUCAGCGGUCAGAUCUCAACCUGGCCAUGUCUGAGCGCCUAAAGGCUCGCGAGCGGGCCAAGGAGGCCGAGGCCAAGAAAUUGAACACGGUAGAAAAGAGCAGGAUGGACUGGGCCGGGUUCGUGGAUCGAGAAGGCAUCAAGGAUGAACUGGAACUGGCCGGCAAGUCAAAGCACUCGUUUGCCGCGAGGCAAGAGUUCUUGGCGAGGAGUGAGGCGAUUCGAGAGGAGGAAGCGAGGAGGUUGCGGAUGGCUGGAAGGGCAUGAUGUUUGCCAUGUGGCGUAUGAUUCACGGAACCGGAUGGUUUGGGAUGGCGCUGGGAUGGAUACCCUGCUGGCUUUAUGAUUUGCAAUUCCUCACGAAUACGUUCACAGCCGGCUCUCUUGCGCAACUUAACGCACAAGAGCUAUCUGGCAAGCAUUAAACGGGCUGGACCCUUGGCUGGUAUACUACUUCUGCUGGAGGCUUAGUUGGCCGGACUAUGCAUACAACAGAUACGCGGUAGACGGAGAGAUACCGGAAGCAAAAUUUUAGGUCGCUUUAUGGAAGGCUCUUACUUGAUCGCCAUGGCCACGGUAGCUC